AUGGCGUCAUCCAGUAACCUAAAUCUCCUCGCCACCGUCUGUCUACUCGAGGGAAACGGGAGUUGUGGAGGGAUCGAGAGCGGUGGUGGCGGCGAUGGGGCCAAUCGUGAUGAAACCGUUCCGAUCGAAGACGGUGCGCUGGACCUUUCGCAAGAGCUCGCGGCCACACGGGUGACUAGCACUCAGCCAGACGAGCCAGUGGCGGCGCCUGCAUCUGCACAAGACACGGAGUGCGAGCAACCUAGUCCGGCGAGUGACGCCUUGGUGGCAGGUGGUGUGGCGGUGCAGGCAGCGGGAGAAGCCGGUGCCGACGACGUGAUGCCGACGUCUCGCGGGUCGGCGGGUGUGGCAAUACAGCCGGGUGAAGCUCAGCGAGUUCAGAACAGCCGGGGCUCGCACGACUUGCUCGACGAAAUCCGGGCGGACGAGGACGGAGAGGAGCAGGAAAGAGCUGUAAGCGAUAAACUAGUGGCCUCAGGAAGCAGCAGCAGCGGCGGUGGUGGGAGCGGGAGCAGCAGCGACGUUGAGAGCCGGAGCGGGAACGGGAGCGAGAACGGGGGUGGCGCUCACCACGAGGAGGACGACAUUUCCGUGCCCAGGCGGUCGAACAGGGUGCCGGGGUCUUCUGCGCUGGAAAGGACCAGCGUGGUUCGCCUGCUCGACCAAAUUCGGGCGGACGACCCAAGGGUCGAGAUUCUGAAGCUGCACGACUACCUCCCAGCGGACGUGAGCACGCCCAUCAUAAACGCCGUGCUGAAGGCGUUGAUGUGCAACAGCAACUGUCAAGCUCUGUACAUUCAGAACGUAAGCAUCGGUUUUCGAGACGAGCAGCUUAGGAUGCUGGCCAAGGUGCUACGCAGGGGCAACAUCUGGUGCCUGAAUGCGGGAGAGAACUCCGGGAUCACGCCGUCCGCGUGGUGGUGGUUUGUCGAGGAGAUAAAGACAACAAGCGUCACGCACGCUUAUCUCAGCGAGGAAUGCAUCCCUUGCGGUCUCACCGAGACCAUGCAGAAGGCCAUCCGUGCCAACAGAGCCAAGCACACCCGCCACAAGUCGGCUUCAAAUGUGGAAGUAAUACGGCGAUGUACCAACAUGUGGUGA